CUUUCCGUUCGCGGCAUGUUUAUUGUUGAUGAAUAGCGAAAGCCGGCAAAUUGUCAAUUUUCGGAGGAAAUUCUUCUAAAGAGGCUGCAAUCAUGGUGAUUGUGGACCCAAAAAGUCGCGGUUCGGGCCCGACGGAAGACCUGUGGACGCCUUACAAGGAACUGCACAGCACGAUCUCCAGUUUUCUUGCUGCACCGUCCGAGUACCCCUCUAUGAUCCUUGAAGAAAAUCUCAAAAACUUCAAACAGACGUUUUUAAAUUUGCUUAGAAAUACAGGCCCAGACCCUAAAAGUCGCCAAGAACUUCAGCGAUGUGUUCAGGAAAACACUGGCUUGCCUCUUCGGCAACCUCUGCACAUCUCCAGAGAGCUCUUGGAGGAGGCGAUCAUCAUCUCUGACAUGUUUUCCAUAAAUGAAUAUGUAGCAUUGGACCUUCUUUGCGUCGCUGAGCAACAAAUGCAGCACUACCCAGAAUUGACCCGAGGCUUGGUGGCCGUGAUGCUCUUUUACGACGGUCGUAAAGCCAUCUGCGACACUCUGUGCCUUUUGGCUCAAGCCAGGCGAGGUGUCAGUUGGGAAUUUGCGGGCGCCUGCGACAACAGAUUGAUCGCUGCCUAUAUGGACCAACUGGUGUCCAACAACCUUGUCAGCAACAUUCUAGACCUCUUGAGUGAAAUUGACGUGAACAAGGAGAUGGAAAAGCUUCAACGGAAUCGAGGCCUCGGAGGGCCGAAGCACCAGCGACUUAUCUACGAUUUGAUCACAGGCACAAGGCAAACUCUAGCCGACAUUGUGUUCUGCCUUUCUGCUCAAGCUGGACUGCCCCAGACGGCACUGCUCCCUCUCAUCAAAUAUAUUUCAGAAAUAAAAAUGGACCAAGAUACGGCUGGAUCUGCUAUUGACGGUGUCAAUUUGGCACUUGUUAUGGCAUUGCUCUAUGCACUUGAUGUCAGUAUUUUGCAAAGGAAAGAGGAGCAAGAUGAGUUGGUUCAACGGCUUCCAUUGGUUUCCGAGCACAGCCUCAUUCCAAGUUUGAUGAGGGACUUGUCUCCAAUGACAACAAACAAUUGGGGCUGCAAAGGUCUGCAAGGAUUGGCCCAAAUGGCUUGGGGACUUGCGCUGUGCUCCCUUCGGAUGGCUCCAGCAAGCAUCAGGAACAAACUCAAUUUGAGAGAUGAUGACGAACUUCUGAUCGGAGCUGCUUUAGAUGAUAACCUGGUGUUUGAAUUCCUUUACAGCCGCAUGCUCUCUCAUUCAGCAUUUGCUAAAGAAGAAUUCUACGUUCGACGUAUGCACACUCUCUUCACUGACUUGCUGAUUCUGAUGCCUAUGAAAGUGAAAGAAAUGAGGAAUUUUGCAGACGAGGCGGCAAAAGUGAUGAGUGCUUAUAUCCAUGAAGGAUUGCAGCCUCCAAAGACUUUGCCUCACCAUUUUGAGCACUUGAUGCUAAGUAUGGCCCUCCUUUACGAGAAUGACAAACACGGACUGGGACUUGAGUUUUGGGGGCUGCCUCCGAUGGACGGUAGCGCUAUCUACACAAGGACACCUGUUGCUCAGAAUAUCUUGAGCAAGUUUGCCAAUUUGACCAAAGAGUCUCUUCCAUCCUCACUCUAUGUGCCGUACCUGAAAUUCCUUGCCUCGUUGGCAAAGCAACCCCGAGGUGCUCAGCACAUCUUUCAAUUGCUGAAUGCAAACAAUGACAGCAAGUGCACAAUUUCCUGGAGCCACUUCUACAGAGCAAUGCAUAGAUAUGCAAGCAAUUUGAGUCAAGAAACACAAGUCUCGGCAACUGACUCGGUGUACAGACCCAGAGGGAUGCCCAGGGGCAUCAACCCUCAAGAAUUAAUGGGCUUGCACGGCGUUCUGGCUUUGAUCAGAGCAGUGGCUGAUAAUGAUCCUAUGGGAAGGCAAACUUUGGCUCAGAAUCCAAGCUGGUCUCCUGUGCAGACCUUCCUGGCUUUGAUUCGCUGCGCAGUUCCCAUUCCAUUGAAGGCAGAAAUUUUGUUGACGGUGGCCUCUUUGGCAAAGUCUUCGGAAGUUGCUAAUGAGGUGUGGCAGCAAAUGGAAUCUACCAACAUCAUCUGCACAGCGCCUUCCUCUACAAGCUACCAGCCCAAGGGUCUGCAGACUGAGCUGGAGGAAGUCGAGACCCGUAACGAGGAGUACCCACUGUCUCGAGCCACUCUCAAGCUAUUAAAUUUGCUAGUGCAGAAUGCAGAACUGCCAUUGCUGCUUGGAGUUGGCAAACGGCCUCCUGGGCUAUCCCCUCACAUGUACUAUGCCCUCGAUUGCGUCUUUCUGCCAUUUUUGCACCGCACAUACCGAAAGCCAGAAGAAAGGUGGCAAGUUGCUGAAAAUUGUUUGGAGCUUCUCCAUUCUCUCCUAUCCAUAUACGAACCAAAUGUUCAAGACAUAGCAGGGAGAAAAGUUGAAGUAACACCAGGACAAACUCCAACCGAUGUUGCUCCUCAUCCAGGAUUUAGCAUCUUGGUUUCCCUAAACUCGCCAUCUCCACUGAUCAAACUGGUGCUCCAAAUUUUGGACGAAGCAUGCUUGCAGUUGGAAAAGUUUUCAGAAUUUCCUGGAAAGAGCAGCCUUGAAAAAAGUGCUCGCUUUUGUUUAUCCCUUCUGCAUCUGGCAUUGUCAAAAUUGCCUAAACUAACCAAGGCCAUUGCUGCCACAACAGCUGCCAACACCACACAGACGUUGGUUGGCCUCGAUAAGUUGAUCUUCAAUAUCAACCCCCGCACUGGACAUCAAGACCACCCUAUUAAUAUCAUCAAGUUCUUGACGUAUGCCCAGUGGUUGCCUGGACACGCAUCACUGGCCAUUAAGUUCCUCACACUUUUGGCCUCAAAUCCUGGAAGCCACCACAAACUUCUUCAAGUGCUGGCAUUUGCCACUCAAUCUAAACAAUCGAAACAUGCAUUUGUUGAUGUUCUGGACUUUGCUAGCUCCAUACAAGACCCCUACGAGCCAGAACUAGAUGGAGAGACAUUAAGCAUGCAGCUUAAAGAAGACGUUUUGGACUUUUUGGCCCAGAGCCUGGCAUUUCCACCUCCAACAGUGGCACACUUGCUGCUGGGCUAUGAAAUAAAACGGGAGAUGAGGCACACUGUUCUUCAACACGCUGGUGUUUUGGGAUUCCCGAGAACUUGUCUUCAUUCGAUCAUCCAAAAUUUAGACUCGCUAACAAAUGCUCCUGUUGGUUAUCAAAAGCCAAAUUGUCUGCACGAGAGAGGCUUUGCAAUUCUUCACGUCUUGUGUUCAAACCCUGAAAGUGCCAGGCCAACUUUGAAGUAUCUCAGACUCUGCUCCGACUUCCUAUCGAGACACCUAAUCAAGAUACGAAGUGCAGUCAUUGCCAAGACGCCCAAUGGAUUGCACUGCGCCUCGUGGCUCCUGCGCUGCAUUGCGAUUGACUUGAAACUCAGUUCAUCCGACAAACAGAAAUCUUCAAUUCAAGGCCUACUCAGAUCACUCUUGUCUUUGCCUGUUGAAGACAUAAUGAAAUCAGUCGAUGCAACUCAUCUCAGCUACAGUGGCUAUCAAGAAAAACAGAGGCACGGUGCUGAAUUGAUUGCCAUGAUCUUGCAAGAUGUAGAUUUCACAAUUCAGGAAGUGGAAGCAGUUCAGUGGCGAUUUUUCGACCAUUCUCAAAUUGAACUGGCCUUGAAAAAGUGCGAGUUUCCAAGUGGCAGUCCAUCAGAGGGUUUGGUUGAUAUAUCCAAAUUGAGUCUUCUUUUCCGCACAGAGCUCAGCAAAUCAUCUGCAUAUACAAGCCAGAGAGACCUGGUCAAUGCAGAGCUAAAAGAAGUUCUGAAUUUUGCUGCCAAAGUGAACAAGGCACGCGGUAUAACUUUGGGAGGAAUAAAAGUUGUCGGAGCUUGGCGUCAUGUUGUUGGUGUGCUGUUCAAUGUCAUUCCCAUGGAAUUCAUGCCCGUUGGACAGAGACAUCGCAUACUCUUGGCCAUCAUCAAACUCCUCCUCACUAAGAUCCAGCUUGCCGCAGACAUUUUGUCUCCAGAGGUUGCGUCUCUCGGCUCGUCAGCUUUGCUUUUGUUGCUGGCCAGCCUUCGUCAAUGUCAUUUAGUAGUACUCGAGGCAAGAGAGAGGACAGUGGAUCCUUCCCAGCCUUUGCUUGACAACUUGGGAAAUGUCAUUGCAGACCCUUACAUGCUAACCAUUGACACUCCAACUGUUGGCGCAGUUCUUUCAGGCAUUGCUCAUUGGCUGAACCAACCAAUAAGCAACGUUCAAAUGCUCCGAGCCAAUUUAUAUGGAUCUCUGCUGGUUUUCCUACAUCUGGCUUGCUUUGACGCCACUGCUGAAGAACUACGAGACCUUGGACAGGGACUAGGAGGCUCCUCUCUCUAUUUCAGACGUCUGGCCCAGAAUCCAAUUGCUACCAACUUGAACACCAUUACUACUCUAAACCAACGACGCAUGGCUGCAUUAGAAGCUCUCUCAAAGCUGAAUGAAAACUGGAUUAAUAGCAUUUUUGUUGAUGCGAUUCGUGGCCAUGAAGUUUGCAGGAUGCUUGCUUUGUCUAUGAUUGCUGCUUUGUUCCGUCUUAGCCCGCAAGCCAGUUGGACUGUCCUGAUGAUCAACAAGGGCUACUUGCAGUCUCUGAUUGAGUCCAUCACCAAAAGCGAUCCUGAGCUUUUGGAAAUGCUGCGCCCUUCUCCAACAAAUCUGAAGCCACUCUAUGUUUAUGAGGCAAAAAUGGCACUGCUUUGUCGAUUGGUCCAAGAACGUCCCGAGGCAGAGGCUUGUCUACGACUUCGCCUUCUCUCGUCUCUGAGCGAGCUUUCCGCACUGGACUGCAGACCAUUCAACAAUGAGGAAAUGUCACAAGUGGACAUAGGGAUACCUGGCACUUUGACGAGAUACCACCAAAUUCUGAUGCCAGCCCUCAAGCUAUGUUCGUCGGUGCUGAACACAAUGGGCAAUGAUAACAUGUCAUGUGUUCACGAGGUGACCCACUUCAUGAUCAGCCAUGGCGACGUCUUCCAACUAAUUCUGCGAGGUGGUUCUCCCAACCUACCUAUGGAGGCACUGCAAGAGCUGAACCUGGUUGUUAAGCUCUUGUCAAUUUGUUCCCAUCCCAGCACUUUCGACUCCAACUCGCCACCCCUGGCUACGUCUGUGUGUAUGCAGCGGUUGAAGCAGUUUGCAAUGGCGCUUUUGCCAAAAUUCUACAUCAACCAGCAUUUGGCUAUGCAGCUAAGCACUGAUGACCCUCAGAAGGAGGAUGAUGACAAAUGCUAUUUGCUUGUGUUGCAAAUUGCGCUCAACCUUCUGACAUUUGCACGUCGCUCUGCCAUUGACCAUCACCGAAUGACUGUCUUGAGACCUGUUUUCAAGCCUGCCGUCAGUGAUUCUGCAAGCCACACUGGUACUCUACACUUGCAAGCGCCUGAUUUAGGAUUGCUCUUGAGCCAAGUGAAUGACUUGUCCUUGCUAGUUGGCAAAGCAAAGAAGCAGAUAGAUUUGGAAUUGGCCCGUUUGAAUUCUAUCAAUGUUACUCAUCACAUGCAGUCAAGCAUGUCAACUAUUGAGCCAAUCACUCAGUCCCGUCAGAUUUGUGAAGAUCGGAUUACCAGAAGAAAAGCGGAAAUGAGAACUUUGUGCUUGUUAACAGAGGAGUGCCUUCACCUCCUCUGGGCCCAUUUGGACCUCUAUCUAAGGCGUAAUUUGCCUCGACUUGGACAAGCUCUAAAUGACUCCCUCUUUGAGCCUGGAUUUACACCAACUGUCCAGGAUUUGAGCAUGUUGAAGCAAGGUGUGUUGGUGGGAAUCAGUGACCGUGUUGAGGCCCAAAUACUUGAAGCAACAAAGGAUCAGCCAGAGGGAAGUAAGAACUUCUUACGAAUGCUAUUGAGGCGCAUCAAGCGACUUGUUCAGUUUGCUCCAGUUUAAUUUUGAAUGCAUGUUAAAUAAUAAAUAUAAUUUUGGCAUCUUAAAA